CCUACUUACCACCAGCCGUGGUCACUUGACGUCGCACUUUGGGGUCUCGGCGUCCGUUCUUUCCGUGAGCUAAUGUGCUUUCAUGCCACUGCUUUGUUUCUGCCUCUCAAGGGACAGAAGGAGGACAGUGGGGACACAGGUGCAGCGCAGGAGCAGCCUGUCUGUCCCGAGGGUCGCUCUGGGAGGAACUGAGUUCAGUGGGGUGGACUUCCCUUGAGUGGAUCCAAGCUGAGGCGCGCGGAAUGUUCCCGAGUGACGGGUGGCCCCGGGGAGCGUUCCCAGGCUGGCGCCCGGCGCCCCAGGAUUUCUCUCAGAACAGCUGUUGGGUCAGCGCCCUGCGCUGCGUGCGGGCCCCUCCGAGCGGAUGGAGACGGCCCCAGCUGCCGAGCGAGCACACGGGCUAGACGCCGACGUGGGCCUUCACGUGGGCAUGUCCCCGUGUCUUCAGCAUCACGUGUGAGUCGCGCGUGAGAGCUGCUUCCUGAUGAACAGAACUGAGCGUCACGGGGGUGCGCGCUGGUCCCCCGGUUGCAGAAUUGGUGGCUGGAGAGCCGGCGUUGGCGCCUGGGGCUUCCGUGUGCCGCGGCCGCGCUGCCGAGCAGAGCGCAGCAAGCCCUCGCCAGCCACUCAGGCCCCUGCGUGCUCUUCACCGCGGCGGUGCUCCGUGGGUCGCGCCCGCUGCUCAACGGGCCUGUCCUCCGUCAGCGCGCGGACUCUGUCCGCAGCCGGGCCGCCUGGGUCAAGGUCGCCUCCGCCGCCGCCCAGCGUGUGGGCCACGACUCGUCCUCCGUGGCUCCGUGCUCGUUACCGUGGGCAUCGGAAGGAGCCUGGCGUUGAGGGAGCCCUCGGGCAACGUGUGUGACAUCUCUGGUCUCAGCUCAGACGUCGCCCACUCGGCAGGCCUUAGCUGACCCUCCCCAGGCCCUCGCAUCGCUCCUCGGUGCGGUCCCCACUGCCCAUCAGCCCACUGGCUUCUCUGCCCCACGACAGCCUGAGCUCCAUGGGCUGAUCGGCUUGCCGAGUCUCAGGCUCCGGGCAGAGCCUGGCGUGUCGUUGGCGCUUGGCUUUUUUGUUGAGUGGCUCGCUUCUUCGGAUAGGCCUGAGCUAGAGCUUCCGUUUGGCACAGAAUGGUUUCUAUUAUGCUGCUCCCUGAAACUCCAUCCCCAGGGCGUCAGCUGUGAUCCUGGACUCACGACGUGUUCUUCCAGCUCUGUAUUUCUGACCCACUAGCCAUCAGACAAAACCCGGCCCACCAGCGGGCUCAGUGUGCCCAGAACCAACUCACGGCCUUUUCUUUGGUUCAGGCCUCUUUCUUGUCCUCAGCCUGGCUGACAACGUGCCGUCACCCGUCUGCUUGGAAACCUUGGAGCUGUCCUGUACCCUCUGUCCUCUCAGUCCUCAGUUACCCCAGCCGGUCAGCCACCUGGCUCCAAAGCUCGCACCCUGAGCCUCAGCAACUCUCCCAUGAGGCCCCUCCUGCGGCCUCAGGAUGAGGCUUUAGUCUGGGCUGGAAGGGCUCCCACCUGCCUCUGCAGACCCGGUCGGUGCCUUUUACACAGAUCUCUCCUCCCGGGGCGAGCAUUGCCUCCCCACAUGCCAAUCCAGGGCUAGGGCCACAGUGUGUGAACCACUGCCGGUCCCCUUUGCAACCCUUCAAGCUGAAAUUUCUAGCCCCAAAGCCCCUUCUGCGCCUUUCCCGAGCCUCCUGUCCCUUGUCACACCUCACCCAGCUGCACCGCAGCCCCACUGUCCCCUGAUAGACAAGGCGGGUUCGCACGGGCCACUCUGGGCCUGGACAGUCUCUGUCCUCUUGGCUGGUGGACUCUCUUGUCCUUUGGCCUGCAGCUCGUCUUAGCCACCUGCUCUGUGCAGCCUUUCAAAGCUGUGCACCUCAGCACCUGUGCCCAUGAUUUGAGUUUCUGAAUCAAAUGUGGAGAUGUGUUCCUGGUGAAAAAGGGACAGAAAGCACAUUCCUGUCGGUCUCCCCCGCACCCCCCUCUGGGGGGGCAGGGAGCUGGUGGUGCCCUGCAUCUGCGCCCAGCACCUGAUUGCUGGGUAUGCCAGACCUGGGGCUCUUUUAAGAUUUGAACAGAUCCAAGCCUCACCUGUCCCCAGCAGCCAGCACCAGCAGACGCCCUGGGUGGGGAGGUGGGGAUCUGGGCUUUGUCACUAGAACAAUUGACUUGUCAGAGCCUCUACUUCCUCACCUGGGAAAUGGGCGAGUAGCAGCCCCUCCCAGGGUUUGCUGUGAAGAUUGCCUGUGGAAGGGGAUUAGCGAGCACAGGGUCUUUAUUUCAGACAGAGAUUUGUCUAGGUCAAGGUCACGUCCUAAAGUAACUUCCCAAAGUUGGGACUUCAUCGAGAAUCUGGAAAGUUCAGACAAUUAAGAAUGUUACUACUAUUUAUUGUAGUAACAGCUUUAACAUGCAAAGGUGCAUCCUCCUAAGUUUUAUUCUUUGACUCUUCACCCUCACGAUUCCAGUUGAGCUGCAGGAAGUGUGGUGCAGUCGCCUGGAUGCCCCCUGGUGCUGUAGCCUGGCCUGGCCCAGGAAUCACAGAGAGGCACCUAUGAGACUCUUUGACCUUGCAAACCGGUCCAGCUUGACAUCUCAGCAGCGCUUGCAAGAGGAGAGUUACUUUUCUGCAUAUGCCUGUGUAUUUUACCGUAUUCUGAGGAGGCUGCCUGAGGAGACGGAGGCACAAAAAAAGGUUAAGAAGCCCUUCCGGUGUGCAGCCUCAUGGGAUACAAGCCAAGCAGCACCACCAUCUCUGUGGAUCCAACCGCUGGAAGCCUGUUUUUGGGCCAGGUUCAUCUCCAGGCGCCAAGGAGACACCGCUCUGGAUCAAUCCUGGAGGUGUGCGACGAUUCCCAAGUGUUCUGGGACGCCUCUGAAACUUGCCUGUAGGAAUGACCUCAAGUUUCUGACUGUUCUCACCACUCUCCCAGCUCUGACCCCCUACCCCUGGUUAAAAAAAAACUCCGUAUUUCCUCAGGAUGGUGUCCUUCGUCUGCUCCUUAGCCUGUUUCUUAAAUGCGGGGGCUCCCAGGCCCCCACCCUCUUGGGCCCCCCAUCUCCCGAAUCCAUUCUCUGCCUGUCAGUCACCGUAAGCCAUCAUGUGAGGUGGGGCCUCAGCGAGGACAGUUACUUGCCCAGGAGCAGAGCCCCAGAGGCCCUGGGUGCCCUGGGUGGCACCUGCCCAUCACCCAGAUCGGCACCAUCAGCUCUACCUGCCUCCCCAGCUCCAGCCAGCACAGCCAUUACCCAGCAUGCAUGUCUACGGGGUUUCCAUGAACGCCCACACUCAGGCCUUGAAAGUCCUAACCGGCCAGAACGAGAUGAAGGACCAGCAGACGGACGUGUGCUUUCCACUGGUGUGGGGUGUAUCAUCACUGCGCAAACCCAAAGCACCUCGACAACCCAGGGUUUUCUUGACUCAAACUGUGAUUGUCCACAGCACCAGAGCCAUCAAGCCGGCAGACCUGGCCGGGCCAGCAGUGCCCCAGGUGUCUGGAAUGUUAGUCAUGCGACUGGACAAAGGAGUGGCCAGGAAGUCUGGGGAGCGUUGAGUUAAAGUGAAGCAGGGUCCUUGGCUCCAUCCAGACUUCUGUGCCCGCCAGGAGGGGGUAGUGUACAGAGUGAUGACAGACCUGGGCCAUGAGCCAAGGACCCCCUCACGGGACAGGUGCGCGGGGGGCUCUGGGGGACGCUGCCUUUUCUCUCCAUUUCAGUAUCUGAAUCCCAAACACGUUAGUGAGUGGAGAAAAGCCCGUGUCUUCUGCCAGUUCACUGCCACUUCCAGGCCGGGAAGGGAGAGAGACAGCAGCGUGUUGCAGACAGCGGGGAAAAGCUGUUGCAGUGACUCGUACCAGAGUAGACUGCCGUUUCUCUGAGAGCCUCUCAGUUAUGCCACUGUGACGUCUCAGGGAAAAUCAAAGUGAACUGGGAUCGCAUAAACCUUUCUCAAGUUUUUAUGUCCUCUGUAUUUUUGACUCAUCCCAACCUUUGUCUGUUGCUCAAACACUGAGUCAGAUCUCCGAAUGUCAGGCGUGCUUUGUUUCAGAUGACACGUGCAGGCCCGUUCACAUGAGCAGGAUGUGGGAGCAGGGGCUCCCGGGUGCCUCUAAAGCCAACGUGGCAUCUGAGGGGUUUGCUUGUCGUUUUCAGGAAACAAGGUGCCAUUUAGGAUAGUUUCCUGUCAUAAAAAAUUCUCUCAUUUGGUUUUAAAAUAGCAGUCUCUGAUGUUGUUUUUUACUCAGGAAUCUAUAGGAAAUCUAACAUUGUACGUUUUUUUCUUUUUCUUUCUUUUUUUUUUUGGUGAAUUUUCCACAGACUAGCAGUGAGCUGUCUCUAUCCGGGGCAGUGCAUAAUGAUGUGAAUUCAUUCAUUCACCCCAUGCACACGUGAAGGCCACCUGACAUUAAAAGCAGAUAAGCUGUUGAUUUUGGUGACGGUCCCAUGUCCAGAAAUGCGUCCUUCCUCAGGCACGUCCACAGUGCCCUGUCCUGAGCUGGUCACCCCAGCCGGCCUACAGUUAGACUUUGUAGCUAACAAACUUUUUUUCACCUGAAGCGUCUUUGACUUGUACCUCCUUACAAGCCUGCCCUUAAGAACCGAGCUAAAAGUUUCUGGAUAGAUCGACCAAUGACUUACGGUACUUUUAUAAGUAACAUGUAGUUUGUCCUUAGUUCCUUUACAUAAAGGGUCAGGAAAACAAAUACUCUGCAAAAGUCUUUUCUGUGUGAUUAAGGAAGUUAGAUAUUGAAGAGGCAACACCUAAUCUGAGAGUUAUUGAGACACCACCUGCCAGGGAAGAGGAGACGCUGUCUGUGGGAGAGGAGCCACAGGAGGCUUCCGAGAGCUGUGGGCACGGGACCAGGUUCUCAGGAUCCCACAACCCGCUCUAGCCUUCUUUUACCUUUGUUUUUUCUUUUAAUUUGGUAUAGCGCAUAUGGCAAAAUUCUUGAAUGUAACCACUUUCCCAUGCAGAGCUCUGAGGCAGGGAGUACAGUUACACUGUGUACAGCUGUGCCGUUACCCAGUUCCAGGCUGUCCAUCACCCCGAGAGGAAGCCCCGAGCGCACGACGCGGCGGCGCCCCCACCCUGCCCUUCCUGCAGCCCCUGCUUGCUGUCGCUGGCUUUGCCUGUUCUGGACCUUUCAUCCAGGUGGAGCCGUUGCCUUUGUGUUGGCUUCUUCCCCUCGGCAGAGCGCCGUCAGGGUCCCUCCCCGCUGUGACGUGUCCCUGCCUCACUCUUCAUGGCUGCGUGGUGUUCCAUUGCGUGGAUGGGCCACGCUUCAUUUACCCACGCAUCCAUCGGGGGACAUUUGGGGUGUUUCCACCUCUGGCUGUUGUGGAGAAUGUGCUGCAAACAGUCGUGUGCAAGUUACUAACUGAACACCUGCUUCCCGUUAUCUGGGGUUUGUGCCUCCGAGUGGAACUGCUGGGUCAGGUGGUAAUUCUAUGUUUCGCUUAGUGAGAAACUGCUACACUUUUUCUCUUGCUUUCUGAGUGCUUGCCCCCAAAUCACCACAAUAUUGAUAUUCUAAAAUCAAGUACGGGAUGGUUAAAAAAAAUGGUUACAUUUCUAGGCUGCAUAUUAAAAACCUUAAGAGGUGUCUCUGAGGCCAAAAUUCAUUCAGGACACUGCCGAAUCAGCGAGGAAGCGCAAGGCACUUACCUUAUUUAUUUGCCUCCUCUGUAGUUGGCUCCUUCCUAAAACCUUCACCUUUUACAAAAUUCAGCACCUCUUAGGAGGAUGGUUAUAAAUAGAUUAUACGGUCACUAUCUACUUUGGUUUUAUACUUUUUCUGGGUCAAAUGCAAGCUCUCUAAUCUCUUUGGUGAUUUGGUUAAAUGCCGAUUAAUCCAAGGCAAAUCCGAGUUAGUUACUCAUCUUUUUUAUGUUGACUUUUGCUUCAAUUUCAUGGUUGCCCAGGGCAGGGUAAGAGAGAACUAAAAUGAUUACGGAUGAUAUUACAGAUAAUGCUGGUAAUUUCCCAACAUCAAAUUGGCUGGAGACGCUGGUCCCAGCUUAAAGCGGCCAUGAUGAAGAAUGACCCAGACAUGAUGAGCUCUGCCGCGGACCUGCCGAUUGCUACGUAGGCAGCUCCCAGCUCUCAACACCUCUCUGAUGGCCCAGCAUCCUCUGUGCUCCCAGGAUUUCAGGGGCUCUUUUUCACGAGAGGCCUGCUCUCACCCAGGACUAAGAUCCCAAAUAUUUAACCAUCAAUAUGGGGCAGGUCAGACUGCACAGAGGUCAUGGACCACAGGGUGCUGUAGAAGGUUCUGGAAGCACCCCCAAUCUCCUCCUCCCCUGGGUCUGGCUCAGUGCUGUAGUUGCUGGAACAUGGGAUGGCCUCAGGGUCUGGGGUGCGGUUAAGAGGCAGUGGCCCUGGGUGGGGGUGUUAGAGUAGCAACUAUUUACCCACUGAUACACAAGUACUUUAGUAUUUCCACAGCCAGGGUGACUACUGCUGUGCGAGGGCUUGUGUUACCAGGAGCUAUGGUGACGUUCCUCCUCCCCACCAUCCUUCACCAGAAACCUUCGGGCUCCGAUCCUGCCGUCUUCUCUUCCUGUCUUCCUACAGGAAGUAGUUACAGCUUUCCCCAGGAGGGGAGGCAGGGUUCUGACCAUUCUCCUGUGUCAGCUUGGAAGGUCCCACCAUGCCUAGUGACUCCUGAGUGACCUGGAACCCCCUGCUCUGCUUUUCUUGGCCACAGAGUUUUCUUCUAAACUCCCAGUUGCGCUUGGUCUCCGUCCUGGUUAAUAACCGCUGACGUUU